CCCCAAAAUCCCCCCCUGGACCCCCCAAAAUUCCCCCCGGUCCCCGGGGUCCCCUCAGCCCUCACCCGCUCCAUGGCCCGCGCUCCGCCAGGCCCCGCCCCAACGGCCCCUUCUCGGUCGCUGAUUGGCUGCAGGAGAUGACGGGCGGGCGCUGCGGGCAAUGGGAGGCCGGAGAAGGGAAAGGGGGGAGGGCGGGAGAGGUUUGGGGGGGUCCCUGAGGGAGGUUGGGACUCCCACAGAGGAUUUGGGGGUCCCUGAGGGCGUUUGGGGCUCCCAGAGAGGAUUUAGGGGGCUCCUGAGGGCGUUUGGGGCUCCCAUAAAGGAUUUGGGGGGUCGCUGAGCGACUUUGGGGCUCCCAGAGAGGAUUUAGGGGGCUCCUGAGGGGCUUUGGGGCUCCCAGAGAGGAUUUGGGGGGCUCCUGAGGGCAUUUGGGGCUCCCACAGAGGAUUUGGGGGGUCCCUGAGGGGCUUUGGGGCUCCCACUGAGGAUUUGUGCCUCUCAGCCCCCCCAGUCCCCAACAGGGACCCCCAAAUCUCCUCUAGAAACUCCAAACCCUCCCAAGGACCCCCAAAACCUCCGUGCCCGGUCCCCCUUGGACCCGCAGACCCCUCCAGGGAAACCGUAAAACUCUCCCAGGGACCUCUAGGGACCUUGUGGGUUUGGAGUUCCCGGAGAAGAUUUGGGGGGUCCAGGGGCCAAGGGGUCUCUGGGGGGUCCCUGAGUGGUUUUGGGGGUCUCUGGGUGGUUUGGGUUUCCCUGACUGGUUUUGGGGGUCUCUGAGGGGCUUUGGGGUGUCUCUGUGUGGCUUUGGGGUUUCUGGAGGGGUUUGGGGGGUCCAGAGGGUGAGGGAUUCCGGAGGGGAAUUUGAGGGGUCCCCGAGUGGUGUUUGGGGUCCCCGUGGGGUUCGGGAGUUCCCCAUUUUUCCAUCUCCAUUUUAAGGAGAAACACCUUUAAUUCCCUGAUUUCCCUCCCGGCUCCAGAUGGUUUUUCUCAGUCCUGCCCGGGGUUUGGGCCAGAAUUCCCCGUUCCCUGGAAAUCCCUGCUGGGACUCGGGUCAUUCAUUUUGGGUAAAAAACAACCGUAUUUGGGUCCGUCCCUCCCCACGGGGUCACGGGGGCAGAGGGCUCCGAGGGGGCAGCGAUUCUGGGAAUUCGGGGGGUUUGGGAGGAUCCCUGGAGGUCUCAAGACAUCCCUGGGGGUCCCACACCUGUCCCAACAUCCCCGAGGGUCCCACACCUGUCGUGAUAUCCCUGGGAAUCCUACCCCCCUCCGACGUCUCCUCAGUGACAGGAUCCAGCUGCCACUUUCCGAAUUCUCUGGAAAUCCGGGGUCACUCCCCCUUGGCUCCCCCCAUUCCCAAAAUUCUGCUGUAUCAGCCCAAAUCUGCAGUUUUUGGCCCAAACUCCCAGGUUUUGGCCCAAAUCUGCCCCUGGAAGCAGCUCCAGUCGAGAUCUGUUUGGGUAUAAAAGAUGGAUUUGGGGCCAAACACCGUGUCCAUAGGAUCCCGGGAAUUCGGGAGCUCAGGGGCCGCAAUGGCUUUGCGUGGGACCUGGUGGCUCCUCCUUUCCUUCUGUGCUCUCUCCAGCUGCAGCUCGGGGGGUCGGGAAUUCCUGGCCGUGUUCCCCCAGAAUGACGACGAGUCCCCGAGUGCGACGCUGAAGCUGCUGCUCACCCGGCAGGGCCCCGGUGACAGGGUGGCCUCGGUGACACUGCACGGUCCCUUCGGCACCCGCGAGGUCACUGUGCCGCCCGGUGUCACCAAGGCUGUGCCCAUUCCCGCCCACCUGGAGCUCACAGGGAGCUGCAUGGCCAACAAGACUGUGGUGGUCCGGGCCAGUGCCGAUGUGGCCGUGGUGGCCAUGAGCGCCAAGGGCUACACAGUGGGUGCCACGGCCCUGCUGCCCAUGCCCAACCUGGGCACCAGGUACUAUGUGGUGACGCCCAUGGGGAAUGACACCUAUGGCAUGGCUGAGCUCGUGGUGGUCGCCGGUGCUGCCAUCACCGCUGUCUCCAUCACCACCACGGCCACAUUCCAGUAUGCCGGGGACACCUACGUGCCGGGCGCAGUGCUGCGCCUCUUCCUGCAGCCCUACCACAGCCUGCAGCUGCAGAGUAGCCAGGACUUCACUGGCACCGCUGUGGUGGCCAACGCGCCUGUGGCCGUUCUCAGUGGCCACACUUGCACCAAGGUGACCGCAGGCUACGACUUCGUGGUGGAGCAGCUCCUGCCGACAGUGGCAUGGGGGAGGAACUACGUGGUGCCACCCAACCCGGUGCAGCCAGGCACUGACCUUAUCUAUGUGGUGACGGAGGAUUGCAACACCGUCACCUAUAACAGCAGCAGCGGGGAGGUCACCAUGGCCAUGGCAGCAGGGGAGGCACGGGCGUUGGUGGUGAACCACAACUCCCCCCUGCACCUCACUGCGGUGGCAGCAGUGCAGGUGCUGCUGUUCUUCACUGGCUCAUCUUGGCAAGACCCCUUCCUCCUCAUCGUGCCGCCUGUCACUGCCCACUGCACCGCAUUCCACCUCAGCACUGUGCCCGGCUACUACAACCAUGCCAUCCUCAUUGCGCCCACCGCCGCCACCGCUGCCACCACUCUCAACCACCAGCCAGCUGCUGCCGUGAAGUGGCACGGCAUUCCCGGCACGGAGUUCUCCUGGGCCGGCAUCCCAGUGAGUCCCCAGACACGGAGCGCCGAGAACCCACAGGCGCCCAUGGGGCUUCUGGUGUUUGGGUUCGAGAGCCACACCGGGUAUGGCUUUGCUGGGCUCUGCAUCGCCGCUCCAGAGCCGGUCUCCUGCGAGGAUUUGAUGUGCGAGGAGAGGUGUGAGGUGGUGGAUGGACAACCAAAGUGCGUCCAGGAGACCUUCUCCACCUGCUGGCUCACCAGUGGUUCACACUACCGGAGUUUUGAUGGGAAGACCUUCGAUUUCAUGGGAACAUGCACCUACACCUUGACCACCCUCUGCAGUUCUGAUCCCACCUUUCCUGCCUUCUCUGUGGAGGUCCAAAAGGAGAAAAAGGAGAACUCCAAAGUCUCCUCCAUUGGCUCCAUCAAUGUCCACAUCAACAACAUCACUGUCACCGUGGUCCGGGCAGAAAAUGGGAUGGUGAGGGUGAACAACCACAGCUCUCGCCUGCCCAUCUCCCUCUCCUGCGGGAAGCUCCGGGUUCACCAGAAGGGCAAAUCCGUGUUGAUCCAAUCAGAUUUCAUGCUGAAGGUCCUCUACGACUGGGACGAUCAUGUGGUGGUCAAAAUUCCAGCUGCUUUUUCCGGGAAAGUCUGUGGGUUGUGCGGGAACAGCAACGGGAACCCCCGGGAUGAUGCACUGGCUCCCGAUGGGAGCCAGGUGUGGGAUAUCGUGGAGCUGGGGCAGAGCUGGAAGGUGACCAAUGGGAGCAGUCACUGCCAGGACACCUGCGAGGGGGACUGUGGGCGAUGUGGGUGGGAUGAGGAGGUGAUAUACAAGGCAGAGCGGUGGUGUGGGGUGUUGUCCUGGCAUGCCGGGCCAUUCCGGCGCUGUCAUGGCACCAUCAAUCCCAACAUCUACGUGAAGAACUGUAUCCAUGACCUGUGCGCCCAUGGCGGCCAUCGCGCUGUGCUGUGCCACGCCCUCCAGGCCUACGCCGAUGACUGCCAAGAGAAUGGGAUCGACGUUUCUGGUUGGAGAAUGAGGAUGGGAUGUCGUAAGUCCAGGGAGACUCCAGGAAGUCCAUGUAGAAAGUCCAUGGAGUCUCUAGAAAGUCCAAGCAGGAAGUCCAGGAAGUCCAUGGAGACUUCAGAAAGUCCAGGUGGAAGGUUCCAGGAAGUCUGUGGAGACUCAGAAAGUCCAGCUUUCACCUGCCCUCCCAACAGCACCUACAGCACCUGUGGCCCCGCCUGCCCCCCCACUUGCAACAUCCCAGCUGUGCCGUCCAGCUGUGCCACCAGCACCACCUGCGUGGACUCCUGUGUGUGCCACGAAGGCCUUGUCCUGGAUGCCAACACCUGUAUUCCCCCCUCCGACUGUGGUUGCGUCUUCGGGGGUCUCUUCCAUGGCCUAGGAGAGGAGUUCUGGGGUGAUCCCACCUGCACACAGCGCUGCGUGUGCGAUGCGGAGCAGCGGCAGGCAGUGUGCCGGAAUUUCAGCUGUGGUGCAGAGGAGGAGUGUCGAGUGCAGGAGGGAAUCCAGGAUUGCUAUCCCAAAGUUUUUGGGGUCUGCAGCGCCUUUGGAGCCACCCACUAUGAAACCUUUGACAGCAGGAGGUUCAUCUUCCAGGGGACGUGUGUCUACCAGUUCGUUGGGUUAUGUGAAGACAACCCAAAUUUGGUGGGGUUCCAGGUGUUGGUGCAGAACGGCCGCCAGGGCGAUGGGCGCCUGUUUGCCAUUGCCGUGGUGACAGUCAAAGUCUACAACAAAACCAUUGUCAUCAGCAGGGAACAGCCUGGGAAAAUCAUGAUCGAUGAGCGGUUGGUCAACCUCCCAUAUCUCCAAGGUGACAAGCAGAUUGUUGUCUAUCGCCACGGGCGGGACGCAGUGGUAGAGACCAACUUUGGCCUUGUUGUUACCUAUGACUGGCAUGGCCAUGUCACCGCGACAGUGCCCAGCGGCUUUGCCAAUGCCCUGUGCGGGCUCUGUGGGAACUUCAACGGCGCUGCCAGCGACGACAUGAGGAUGAGCAACAGCAACAUGACCUCAGACCCGGCUGCCUUCGGAAGCAGCUGGAAGGUUGCUGAUAUCCUGGGAUGCACUGAGAGCUCGAUGGCGGAAUGUUCCAGUGCCGCCACAGUGCCACGGCUGCAACAGGAGGUGUCCGGGAUGGAGUGUGAGAUUUUGUUGGAAAAGGAUGGACCCUUUGGAGCAUGUCAUGACCACGUGGACGCCCAGCAGUAUUUCCAGAGCUGCGUCCGGGACUCCUGCCUCUUCCCGGAGCAGGAAGAUGGGAUGUGUCCGAUCAUUGCCAGCUACGCCAGUGCAUGCCAGGCUGCCGGCGUGUCCGUUGGGAGGUGGAGGAUGGAUAAUUUCUGCUAUAUUCCCUGCCCUCCUAACAGCUCCUACAAGCUCUGCGCUAACACCUGCCAGCACAGCUGCGGUGCCGGCUCCGCCGGGUGCCCAGGGCGGUGCCGCGAGGGCUGCGCAUGCCACGAUGGCUUCAUGCUCAGCGGGGAUGAGUGUGUGCCCACAGCUCACUGCGGCUGCACCCACCACGGCAUGUACUACAAAGAGGAUGAGACCUUCUACCCCACAGAGCACGAGGAGUGCCGGUGCCUCUCCAGCAGUGCUGUGGAAUGCCAAAAUAUUUCCUGUCCUGAUGGCAGCCCUGGGAAGGUCGUUGAUGGCAUCUUCCAGUGUCCCCCGCCAGCAUCCGGCACCUGCGUGGCCACGGGAGACAGUGCCUAUAUCACCUUCGACGGGGUGGCCUUCAAUGUCACCGGGACCUGCUCCUACAUCCUCAGCCAGACCUGCACGGGUGACGUGACAUCGUUUGUGGUCACAAUCCAGAAGGAGGCCCGUAGGAAGGGAAAGGUUUCCGGGAUCCAAGCGUUGUCCGUGGAAGUCUAUGGGGUCAAUUUGACCUUAACCCAAGGAAAAGGGGGAGAUGUCAUGGUAAGGGGCACUUCAUGGGCCAGAUCUCAUGGGUUCCCCCCAAAAUUGUGUUUCAUUGAUGGAGGGGACACCUCACCCUGUCUCCAAGCCCAAUCCAUAUUCAUCCCAACUUUUCAAGCAAGACCCAUAAAUGCAUCAAAACAUUGGUUGGAAGGUGUUUUCCCCACAUUUCUGGUCCCACCUCCUCACUGGAGGACUCUUCCUUCCCUUUCCCAGGUGAAUUCAAUCUCUCACCACCUCCCAGCCAUCCUGGGCGAGGGGCAAAUCCAGGUGUAUCCCCAUGGGACAGGGGUCCUGCUCCGCACUGACUUUGGCCUCGUCGUCCGCUAUAACCUCGCCCAGCACGUGACACUCACGGUCCCCCAGACCUACCUGGGCCACCUGUGUGGCCUCUGUGGCAACUACAACAGGCAACGUGACGAUGAUUUCCACCUCUCCAAUGGCCAACUGGCUCCGGAUGCAACAGCCUUUGGAUCCGCAUGGAAAACCAAGGAUAGGCCUUGUGAAGACACCUGUCCUGACGAGGAGUGUUCCACCUGCUCCAAGGAGAAGGUGCUGGUCCUCCAAAAACCCAACUACUGCGGCCUCCUCACAGCCCCUGAGGGGCCCUUUGGCUCCUGCCACAGCGUCGUUGACCCCACCCCAUAUUCCCAAUCCUGUGUCCAUAACCUCUGUGUGACUGGAGGGGAUACGGGUGCCCUGUGCCAGAGCAUCCAGAGCUACGUCAGCAUGUGCCAGGAUGCUGGAGUCACUGUGAGGGAUUGGAGGACGCCGUUCUUCUGCCCCCUCCCCUGCCCGUCCAACAGCACCUACUCCCUGUGCACCAACACCUGUGCCAACACCUGUGCCGGGAGGGCCACCAUGUGUCCCCAGACCUGUGCUGAGGGCUGCCAGUGCCACCAGGGCUCCGUGUCAGACGGGCAGGGCUGCAUUCCCGAGGAGCAGUGUGGGUGCUUUGAGGAUGGGCGAUACUACAAGCCCCAUGAGGUGGUUUUCCAGGAUCGCUGCCGGCGCCGGUGCUCCUGUAUCCCAGGCCAGGGCCUCACCUGCCACGACCACUCCUGCACUGAGGAUGAAUCCUGUGAAAUUCGGGAGGGGGUCUUGGGAUGCAUCAACAAAAACCCCUGCAAGUCCCUGAGGUGCCGCCCCAAGGAGCGGUGCCGGCCCCGUGGCUCCGAAUCCCGCUGUGUCCCAGCGUUGGUGGCCACCUGCUGGGCAUGGGGGGAUCCCCACUUCCGUACCUUCGAUGGGCUAGAAUUCGACUUCCAAGGAACCUGCACCUACACCAUGGCUGAAUCCCAUGGGAAUGACCCCAGGCUGGAGCCCUUUAGGGUGGAGGCCAGGAAUGACAUCCGGGGCGGGAUCAGAUCCGUGUCCUAUGUCUCCGUCGUCAACAUUGACGUCUAUGGACAACGCGUGUCCUUCCACCACAAUGAGGACGGGAAAGUCCGGGUGAACGGGGAGCUGGCCCUUCUCCCAGUGUUCCUGGUGGAUGGGAGGCUCCGUAUCCAUCCCAGCGGGCUCCGCGUCACCCUGGACACGGAUUUCGGGCUCCAUGUCUCCUACGACUGGAACUGGCAUCUCUUCAUUGACCUCCCCAGCAGCUUCUUCAGCCAUGUCCGUGGCCUCUGUGGGAACUUCAACCUGCAGCCCCUGGACGACAUCCCCGAGGCCGGCGAUGACAUCCCUGCCCUGGUGGCCUGGGCCAGGGGCUGGAGAAGCUCUGACCCUGACGCCCAGGAUCCCCUUUGUUGGGAUCACUGUGAUGGGGAGUGUCCGGUGUGCGAGGAGAAGGAGCUUUGGGGUGGGAACAGCUACUGUGGGAUCAUCAAGAAGUCCUUCCAGGGGCCCUUCCGGGCGUGUCAUGCUGUGGUGAAGCCCCAGGAGUUCUUUGGCAGCUGCCUGGCUGAGCUGUGCCGGAGCCACGGUGCGAGGCAGGUCCUGUGCCGGGUGCUGGAGACUUACGCAGCCACGUGCCGGAGGAGCGGGGCGACCGUGGGCGACUGGAGGACACCAGCAGGAUGCCCCCUUCCUUGCCCCGAGAACAGCCACUAUGAGCCGUGUGGCACCGCCUGCCCAGCCACCUGCUCCGACCUGGAUGCUCCCUCCUCGUGUGCCCUGCCGUGCGUGGAGUCCUGUGCGUGUGACCGCGGCCAUGUGCUGAGCGCGGGGCACUGUGUGCCUGUGUCCCGCUGCGGCUGCACCCGUGCUGGGCGCUACCACCGCCCCGGUGAGGAGUUCUGGGGGGACCACUUAUGCCGCUCCUGGUGCCGCUGUGACCCGGAGCUGGGCAUGGUUGUGUGUGAGGAGGCCAGGUGUAAGUCAGGUGAGGUGUGUGCCGUGGUGGAGGGCGUCAGGAGGUGCGUGGCCACCAACCGCUCCAUCUGCGUGGCCACGGGGGACCCCCACUACACCACCUUCGACGGGCACCGCUACGACUUCAUGGGCACCUGUGUGUACCUGCUGGCCGGGCUGUGCUCCCCUGACCCCACCCUCGUGCCCUUCAAUGUCACCGUGGAGAACAACCACCGUGGGGACAACCGGGUGUCCUUCACCAAGGUGGUCACCUUGGAGGUGUUCAACGUGAGCCUCAGCCUCAGCCAGGAGCACCCCAAGAAGGUCAAGGUCGAUGGCAUCCUGCUGGACCUGCCCUUCUCUCACCCCCACCACGAGCUCCGGGUGUCCCUGCGGGGUGUCCACGGCUUCAUCACCACGGCCUUUGGCGUCACUGUCACCUUUGACUGGCACAGCUACGCCCGCGUGAUCCUGCCCAGCACUUUCGCAGGUGCCGUCUGUGGCCUCUGCGGCAACGCCAACGGAGACCCCCACGAUGACUUCGUCACCCGCCAGGGCAACCCCGCCCACAAUGACACCCACUUUGGGGACAGCUGGAAGGUCUCCGAGGUCCCUGGGUGCUCCCCAGGGUGCACCGAGGGCUGCCAGGGGUGCAGCAACACCCAACGCCGCACCUACCGCGGGGACAAGCACUGUGGGGUCCUGGUGAAGAAACGGGGGCCCUUGGCCACGUGCCACGAGGUCAUUGACCCCGCCCCAUUCCUGGAGGACUGUCUGUUUGACACGUGUCUCUUCGAUGGCCACCACGACGCCGUGUGCCAGGCCGUGGGCGCCUACGUCAGCGCGUGCCAGAGUCGCGGCGUGGCCGUGGGGCCCUGGCGCACACACGCAUUCUGCAGCCCUGUGUGCCCCCCGAACGAGCACUACGAGCUGUGUGGCCCCCCCUGCCCCCCGACUUGCCAGGACGAGUCCGGCCCGCCGUCCUGCCCCGAGUCCUCCCCGUGCUCCGAGGGCUGUUUCUGCGAUCCCGGUUAUUUCCGAAGCGGGGAUUCCUGUGUCCCGCUAUCCCAGUGCGGCUGCACUCUGGAGGGUCGUUAUUACCCCCGGGGGGGCGCAGUUCUACCCCUCCCCGUCCUGCACCCAGCGCUGCGUGUGCUCCAGGGGCGGGCACGUGGAGUCACCUGCGGGCAGUGCCAGCUCCUGGGGAGAGGCAUCUACAGCACCUUCGGGGGGCAACUGGGGGGCUUCAAGGGGUCCUGCACCCUCCCGCUGCUGGAGAUGGACGCGGGGGACCCCGAGGAGGGGCCGCAGCCCCUCAAGGUGGCCCUGGAGCAGCACGAGGGGGAGGUGAGGAGGGUGACGGUGACGGCGCAGGGGAUGACGGUGGCCAUGGACAGGGGACAGCGCUGGGAGGUCACGGUGGACGGCGAGCGCCACGUGCUCCCCCUGUGGCUAGGGGGGGGCUCCCUGGGGGUCACCCAGGGAUACGCGGCCGCGUGUCAAGCGGCGGGGGGGGAACUCCGAGAGUGGCGCGAGGAGACGGGAUGUCCCCUGCCGUGCCCUCCCCGCUCCCAGUACCAGCUCUGUGCCCGCACCUGUGACCGCACCUGCGCAGGUGUGUCGGCUCCGCCUCCCUGCAGCGGGCGGUGCUUCGAGGGCUGUCAGUGCUCUGAGGGGCUCCUUUUCGACGGCGCCCGCUGCGUCCCCCCGGGGAACUGCGGCUGCUUCCACCAAGGGCGAUACUUCCAGAUCGCCCAGACCAUCCUGACCCGGGACUGCUCCCAGUCCUGCACGUGCCGUGGCCCAGGGGGGCUCCAGUGCCGCCCCUUCUCCUGCCCCCUGGGCCACACCUGUGACCUCUUGAAUGGCACCCGGACCUGUGUCCCCCGCCCGGGGCGGUGCCUCCUGUCCUCCCCCACCCACUUUGUCACCUUCGAUGGCCUCUCCGGGGCCACCCUGGCCACUGGCGUCUACGUGGUGGCCACCAUGUGUGACCUCCGGGCCCCCACCUGGUUCCGGCUGCUGGGGGUCAUUGGGGACAUCGGGGACCACCCAGGGGUAGUGGGCCUUCACCUCUUCACCCACCAGGGGCUCAUCACCGCCCACACGGACAGCAGGGUCUGGCUCAACGGAGUCCCCACCACCCUCCCCGCGGAGCUCUCGGGGAAGUUGAACAUCACAGAGUCAGGCGGGACCCUCCGGAUCAGGUGGAUCCCAGGAUUCCAGGUGGAACUGGGAGCCCAGGGGGUUGCCCUGGAGGUGACAGAGGACACUCGGGGGACCCUCUGUGGCCUCUGCGGGGACUACGACGGGGCCACAACCAAUGACCUGCGGGGCCCGGACGGGACACUGACAGGGGACACGAGGGAGCUGGCACAGGCCUGGAGGGCUCCUGACUUCAGCCAGUGAUGCGGAAAAUCGACUUUUCGCCGCUGCCAUGACCCGAAACCGCCCCGGAGACGGAACAGCCGCGUUUCUAUAUCCCUCAAACCCGCCCUUCCCCUCCCCCCCCCAAAAAAGAAAUAAAAGUUGGGGAGAA